AUGUCGCAAACCGUCGGAAAGACCCGUCUCGCCUACUCUCGCACAUGGCACUAUGUCGACGUUGGCUCCGACCCGCGCUCGCUGGGCCGGCUGGCUUCCUCCAUCGCCCUGCAUCUCAUGGGCAAGCACAAGCCCGUCUACGACCCUUCGACGGACUGCGGAGACUACGUCGUCGCUGUCGGCUGCAAUGACCUGCGCACUACGGGCAAGAAGCGAUUCCAGAAGAAGUACUACACGCAUACCACCCGGCCCGGUAGCCUGCGGAGUAUGACCAUGGACAUGAUGUUUGAGAAAUGGGGUGGAGGUGAAGUUCUCCGAAGGGCUGUCCGGGGGAUGCUGCCCAAGAACCGACUCCGUGACAAGAGAUUGGCCCGGUUGAAGACCUUUGAGGGUCUCGCUCACCCCUACGAGGAGAAUAUUGUCAAACUCGGCAACAAGUCGGUUAUUGGAAGCUUGCCGGAGGUUCAGCAGGCGUUCCAGGAGACCAAGACCUCGGCGUGA